CAGCGCGAGUGAAAAUGGCGGCGCUGAAGGAGGAGCAGAGUUAUGGGCUCUCCUGUGGGAAACUCAGCUCCGCGAGUAACCUCUCGGUCCUUCAUGUCAAACUCACCGACAGCGCGCUGCGGGCCCUUGAGGCUUACCAGAACUGCAAGAGCAAUCUGUCUUGCCAGCCUGGGAUUCGUUUUGAAGGAAAUCAAGGGCGGAUCACCAUUCCAAGGCCAGAUUGCCCAAAUGAAGUGCGGACAUUCACGUUUUACCUUUGUAAUGUCGGCAGGGAUAAUCCCCAGUGCAGCUUUGACUGUAUUCAGCAGUAUCAAUCCCGCUUCGGUAAUGUGAUGUUAGACUGUCUUGGAGGCAUACAGGAUAAAAUCACUGUGUGUGCGACUGAUGACUCCUACCAAAUGACCAGGGAGCGUAUGACUCAAGCAGAGGAGGAGACUCGAAGUCGUGGCGCUAUAGUUAUUAAACUGGGAGGCCGAUACAGAGCUAAACGGGUGCUUCGCAAACCAGCACCUGGUAUCCCUGAUGCUGUUCCCCAAAGGAGGCGACCAACACCAGUGAACCUGGCAAAUACAAUGAAGAAAUACGUCAGCAACGUUUCUGAUCGGCCCUAUCGAGACCGGGUUAUCCACUUGUUGGCUCUCAAACCUUAUAAGAAACCAGAGUUAAUUCUUCGAUUGCAGAAGGAUGGAAUCACCCAACAGGAUAAGGACUCUUUGGAAAAUCUCUUACAACAGGUGGCUAACCUGAACGUUAAGGAUGGCACCUUUACCCUGAAAGACUUUGCCUACAAGGAGAUCCAGAGAGAUUGGCCUGGGUACUCUGAUGGUGACCAGCAGUUACUGAAGAGAGUUCUUGUUCGGAAAUCCUGUCAACCACACAAUACCACUGGGGGCUCUGGGGAGACACCUUCAUCAAGUCCAAAGGACAGUGCAAAUUCAGCCUCUCCACCACAGAAACGCUCACUACCCAAUGAUUUCAUUGAUCCUCUGGCCAAUAAGAAGCCAAGAAUAUCUCUGUUGACCAGCCGGGUUCCACCAACUUUAAAUGGCAGGUUAAAUCCAUCCAAUGGGAAAGAGACAGGAGCUCCUUCGGUGCAAACCACCGCAGCCGAUUCAAUUAGCUCCACCUCUACCUUGCCAAUGCUUGUGGAGAAUCAGAGACCAAACAAUCUUUCAUCAGAAGUCAGCAACGAUUCGAGUCACAACGGCCAGGACUCAGAAAGCCAGGAGACCCCAGAGCGAGCAGUUUGCCCACGACCCCCUCAUUUUCCUCGUCCCAGUGCACCUUUACUCCACGUCAAGUCAAAGAAAAAAUCUAAAAAGCACAAAGACAAGGAGCGAGUGAAGGACAAAGGAGGCAGCGAGAAAGGGUGCGGAGAACUUGUAAGAGACAGUGAGUUUCUUCAGAGUUGCAAGGAGCAGAAGAAAACUGUUCCACCAAAGGCUGCAGGGUUGAAUGGGAUGUGCAACAGCUCAAGUGUUCCAACAUCAACAUCAGAUGUGCCUGAUUAUUUACUCAAAUACUCAGCAAUUGAGUCACAGGAGCAGAGACAAGGUUACAAAACUGAUUUCAAUGCAGAGUACAAUGAGUACCGGGACCUGCACUCCAGGAUAGAGAGCAUCACCAGGCGGUUUACACAGCUGGACGCUGAGCUGAAGCAGCUCUCUCCCGGGUCUGCAGACUACAAGAGUACACAUGACCAGAUCUUACAGGAGUAUCGGAAAAUUAAGAAGACGAAUCCCAAUUACAGCCAGGAGAAAUAUCGCUGUGAAUAUCUACACAACAAACUGGCUCACAUUAAGAAAUUGAUAGCAGAAUACGAUCAGAAGCAGCUGCAAUCCUGGCGUUAGCGUGACUACUUUACCACCAAGAGACAGAAAGGGAGAGCGAUACAGCGAGCAAUUGCAUCUAAUUGUGUUUCCAGCUUCCCCUGUGUGUGUGUGCUUCACAAGAGGAGGAAACUGCACCGACUGAGACCAGCACUAACUUUAAUUAGAGAAACUUGUGGGGAUGGGAGGGGGGACCCCAGUCAGUAACUGUCUAGUGAGGAGAGUUUAGUAUUCUAAAGGACAAAGGCUUUUAAAAAUAAUUGGAAGAUGUACCCAGGACUUGCUGUUCAUUGUGUCCCCCGACUCCUCAAACAGUGUCUUCUCCCCCUCACCUGACUCUUCAGACUUGUUCAUUAUGUGCCCCUCACCUGACUCUUCAAACUCUUCCUUCUGGGAGUGAUAUUUUUGCUGCUGUUGCCUUUGUCUGCCUUCUUCACUGUACAAGAUAUGGUCCAAGUGUUAGAUGUUAAAUCUGCCAUCCAAAGAGACUGGUUUGAGGGGUUGGCACCUGUCUGUUCAAGCACCAUUUGCCCUGGUUUUGUUUGGCGUUAAAUGCUCGCUCUCCUCGUAAGGUAUUUCAAGUGUCUGUUUAGAAACACCAACAACUGCAAGAGCUGGUGAUUCUGUGGCAGCCACUCUGCUGCCUCACUGGGUUGCAGGUAUAAAUGACAGCACAUAGUGAGCUGACUCUGAGGAUAUAUCACUCCUAUGUGUCAGCCAGGCACCUGUUCAUUGUCACACUGCAUCUGCUUUUCAAGGUUUGCCCAAUGCUCUAGCUGUCUGAAACUCAAACACCACCCACCAACUCCAAGAAGAGAUGAAUGAAUGAACUCAUUUAAAGGUGUUAGUUACUAUGAUCAGUGCAACUGGACAACUGCUGCAAUGAAAUGGCAUCUUCUGCCAACAGGCCAGGUAAUGAUCAAAUGUCAGUGUUCAGUGCUGUGACCCCUAACCAGACAGGAAUGGAUGGAAUCGCAAUCAAGUGAUUAUAGAAAAAGAUAUAAUGAAUAAUGUUUUGACAAUGAUGGGAUCCAGAACUACUACACUGCCUAAAAGACUCACUUUCGUGCCAAUGUCUCCCACAAGAGCCUCUAUUGUGGUGCUUUGGGCGUGAGACUAAGUUUUUAUGUUCUGUUCUUCAUUGUCCCUUGCUCCCUUCCCCCAAGGCAGAUGACAGCUGGUUAUGUCACUAACCUUUGCCUAAGGGGGUCUUGCCUCCCUUCCAGAGAUUCAACUGUGGUAACUCCCUGGCCUCUCUCCAAACCACCACCACCAUUUCACCUUUCCCCAGGCAGCCGCUGGUGAUUUAUGUUUGUGCAUUAUUUAUUUUAUGUAUUUCUGGCUCCAGUCCCUUUAACUAGGUUCCUGAUAUUAAAGCCAUCUCUUGACCCUAAUUUGCACUUGCUAUGCAACUUGCCUUCCACACUCUCUAGUCCUUGGUUGUUGAGAUACAUUGGGAUGUUAAUUUCAACAAUCUAAGAAAAUACAAUGUGUUUUUAACCCAUUGCAAAGCACAUUGAGAGAUAUGACCGGUAUAGUUUAGUCAGAUUGAAACAAAGGAGGGUGCAACAUUCAAACAGAAUCAAGUGUUCAGUUUUCUCCCUUUCAGUCCACAUUAUGGUUCUUCCCUUCUUAAACUAGUCCAGUUCGAUGAGAUGGACAAAGAAUAGUUUAAAAUCUACACUGGAUACUAAACUGCAGCUUAAACCUGCACUGGUGAUAAAAGAAUGACAUUUUAUUAAAUAUUUCCAUACUUGAAAAUCUAAAUUGUCAAGUCAAAUUCUUUGUCCCACCUGGUCCUUUCAAUUUUGGUAACUGAUUUAGGAUUUGCUUCUCACCAAGUGAUUUGAGUGAUUUGUUUAUUUUGUCUGAUUUUGUGGGAGUUCUGCGAACUGUGGGACUUCUGAAGAUAUUCUGAACAAGUUAAUGGCUAUUAAGCGCUGAAGUAGCUGUCCCCUGGGAUUUUAAAUAGGAUCCUCCAGUCAUGUCUUGCACAAUCCUUUGAGUAUUUUAAUUUAUUUAAAGUUGGAACUGUGAAUUGUUUUCCCAGCAAGGGCUCAGUCCACAACUGGAAAGCAUGAAGUAGGAAAUUAGGAGUUUUCAUUCUUUUUUCAGUGUCAGUAAAUGUUAUCAUUUUCCCAGUUGAACAGCAACAGGGUCAGGUCUUCUACUGCAGCCCACACUGGACAGGAUUAUAUUUUCACGACUGAAAUUGGAGUUCAGAAACAUGUAGCUAUGUUCUGAACAUGUCCUCACUGGCACCUGCAGUACUGUAUCUGCAGGAGGUUCAAACGGUAUUUGACUGAUUGUGGAGACUAAUGAGAAUCAACUCGAAUAUGACGAUAACCUAAACAAACCUGACAUAGUUUCCUUUACACAGAGGACAGCAGAAUGGUGAUCAUACCAGUCCUAGCUUGCCAGUAUUCUAGCUCCAUCAAAGUGAUGCCUAAACAUCAAGUCAUACACAGAUACAGCUUAACUGAGUGCAGACAUCCUGAGUCCCGUAUAAUACCAAUAGAUUCAACGUAUUCAAGGAGGGUAAAGUGGGUGGUGUAGGUUCCUCAAGAAUUUGUCUAGGAGCUGACCAUUCUGAGGACUAUUGAGUGUCGUUGUCGAGUAUUGCUUCAAUGAAAUGUGCCCUCCUCCCGACUGUUUUAGCAUUGUCCCAGCCCCACCGACCCUUAACCCCAGCCUCUUCUGACUCCCUUGUCCUAGUUCCUGCUAACGCCUGACCCCUCACCCCCAAACUGCAUAAUGAUGUUCCCGUCGCCACCAGCCCUGCUCUGUGCCCAGUUUUCCCCAAAAUUCCUCAUGCUGGAACCUUCUUCACACCAGUGGCCUCCCCAUCGUGAUCUAUCUAGAUGUAUCACAGAUAUUCUCCUGAUGAUAUCAUCCCAAACUCAAAUCUUCCAAGUUGCAGCCAAAGCCUGCUAUUCUAAAUUUGCUAAAACCCGCAGGGCUGCUUGUGAAAUUGAGAUCUAUAUUCCAGGACCUAAUACACUGAAUGGAUGCUUUGAGUUAAAAUUUAAAGCUAAUUUAGGAGGGUGCAUCAUAUCACUAGUGCUAGGAAUGUGCCUCAUUCCUCCAUCUGGAAGACUUCAAAAUGUUCGUGUGUUUUUGUACUGCAGCCUGUAUCUUGUAAAAGUAUCAGACCAGCUUACUGGUAUUCCAGUCCUCCAACACUCCCUUGCCUCUGCUCUAUCUAACUACUUCUCCUCCUUUUUCCUGCUUCUCCUCCUCUCCCUCUCUCUGUCCCUCUCCCUCCCCAAUCCUCUCUUCCCACCACCACCCUGACUCUGCCCCCUUCUCUCCCUCUCACUCUCCAAUCAUUCCUCCUCCUCCCCCCUGCCCUUAGAAUACUUUUCCCUUUGUACAUAUACCUAUUGAUCGUUCCCUCUGUUCAAUAUUCCUGAUGUCUUGAGGUUACUCACAGUGAUUAGCACGUUUUGCCUCCGAAUAAGGAGGUUGUGGGGUCAAGCACCAGUUUAGGACUCGAAUAUGUAAUCUCAGCUGAUGCUGGAGGAGGAGUGAGAGUGCCGCACAGUUGAGGGUUUGCUCUGGGGAGGGAUCAAACCUGGUGUUCUCUGGAAUACCCACAGGAUUGAGUUGCAAUCAGUCAAAAACCAAAUGAAUGAAUCAUCUCCCUCGAAAACAUUUGUGAGAUGUUACUAUUGUGUUCAUCUUGCUUAUGUCGUUGCACAUCAGUGAGAGUCCCUGUUUGAGAUAUGUCUAAAAUGUGAGACUACUCUUUAAGUGUGUUAUGCCCUAACUGACUUCAGUGUUACAGAUGAUCAGAAUGGUGCUAUCAUUCCUUCCCCUUCUGUUCCACAUCUUGGGCUAGAGCCUUUCCCCACAUGACCUCCACUAAGGCCAAUUGCGAUAGAGGUGGUGGUGAACACUGGGUGUGAUAGAGCGUGAUUCAGGUUUUUUAAAAAUCUUCCUCAGUUACGAUUUUCUGUUUACCAUAAGGGAUGAGUGAAAUUUCUUAUGCUACUUCAUAUUCAUUGCCACACAGGGAUUGGUGAGAGGAGGUGUGUGUGUGUGUGCGCGCGUAUACAGUAAAUGGAUCAGUAUCUGGCAGGAAGGAUUAGGAAACCAGUUUGGUUUGGUGGUGCCUGCCCUGUUUUACUUUUGGGUUUUUGCAUAAUCAGCAUCCAAAGCUUUAUUCUUCCAUCGUGGUGUGUGAAAGAGAUUUCUCAUUUAUGACUUACUGAAUGCACCAGAAGGCUGAGUGGCUGGGCUGGCAUCUGCUACCUUGCUACACCCUGUCCUGUGUUAAAGUAACAAAAGUUGCUGGAGGAACUCUGGUCUGGCAGCACCUGUGUAGGGAGUACAUAGUUAACCCCUCUGAAGAAGGAUCAUGACCUGAAACGUUAAUUCUGCUUUCUCUUCACGGAUAUUGUCAGAUCUGUUGUUUCUCCAGCAGUUUCUGUUUCAGAUUUCCAGUAUAUGCAGCUUUGUUUUUUAUCACAGUGUUAUAAAAUCAGUUCCACCCAAGUCUGAGAGAAUAUUUCUGAAUUUAAAAAAAAUACAAAAAUUUAAACAUUUUUGAACCUUCUGGAGUUUAAAUAAAACUAUUUUUUGAGAACAGUAUAUAUAGAUGUCGGAUUAAAAUGUUUCUACACUCUUAAUAUUUUUGAGUGAACUU